CAAAUUCCAACAGGUACACGCAUUAGAUAGUUUACCCACGCCUUCAAAUCUUGACAAACCAGACAACGUCAACAAAAGCGUCUUUUUAUUCUCAUCAAUUGGAAACUCCUGCUGUAGUAUCUCUUUGAAUCUUUCAUCUCCUCUCCUCUCCUCUCUCUCAGGAAUAAAGCUUAUCAGCCAUGGGAAAUACUGAAUCAGCAUAUGAUGAAGAUGAUUCUAUACAUCAACCACGGUCUUACACUGGAGGUUCAAUGGAUUAUGAUCAUCAGCCUCACUCUUAUGCUGGAAGUUCAACGGAUUAUGAUCAUCAGCCACAUCCUUUCCUGGGAAGUUCCAUGGAUCCUGGUCAUCAACCACAUUCGUCUACUGGAAGUUCAAUAAGUCAUGGGCCUCCACUGCCAUCAUAUGUGAUAAGUUCGACGGAUCAUAAGUACCAACAUCAUAUGCAUCCUAGACGUAUAGCUGACAAUUUCAGUUCAUUGGAUCAGGUUAUAUCUGCACUACGAGAAGCUGGUCUUGAGUCGUCUAAUUUAAUACUUGGUAUUGACUUCACAAAGAGCAAUGAGUGGACAGGCAGGUAUUCAUUUAACAGGAAAAGCCUUCACGCCAUUAGUAACACCCCUAAUCCAUAUGAACAAGCAAUCUCUAUAAUUGGCCGUACAUUGUCUCCUUUUGAUGAAGAUAAUUUGAUUCCCUGUUUCGGAUUUGGUGAUGCAACAACACAUGACAAGUAUGUAUUCAGCUUUUAUCCUGGUCAACAGUAUUGUCAUGGUUUUGAAGAAGCUCUUGCUCGUUAUAGAGAGAUUGUUCCUCAUUUGAAGUUGUCAGGCCCAACCUCAUUUGCACCGAUUAUUGAUGCGGCAAUUGAUAUUGUGGAGGCAAGCAACAGGCAGUAUCAUGUACUCGUAAUUAUUGCUGAUGGACAGGUUACGAGGAAUCUUGAUACACCACCUGGAAGUUUUAGUCCACAGGAAAAAGCAACCAUAGACUCCAUUGUUGCUGCCAGCCACCAUCCUCUCUCAAUCAUUUUGGUUGGGGUGGGAGACGGACCAUGGGACUCCGUGCAACAAUUUGAUGAUAACAUUCCUCAUCGCUCAUUUGACAACUUCCAGUUCGUCAACUUCACAAAAAUAAUGUCAGAGAACACGGACAUAUCAAAGAAGGAAGCAGCCUUUGCACUUGCCGCUCUCAUGGAAAUUCCACUUCAGUUCAAAGCCACCCUAAGCCUCCCUCCUGUCAAUGAAGAUUUUGUUACUGGUCGACGCACCACACCACUUCCACCUCCAGAUCAAGUGAUUGAUCAUAAUAAUGCAGUUAAAUUUGUUCCUCCCAUGCCUAAACCUGAAACAGUAGAGCCAACGGCACCAGCUGAAGUGGUAUGCCCCAUUUGCUUGACAAACCCGAAGGACAUGGCUUUUGGUUGUGGUCAUAUGACUUGCAAAGAUUGCAGUGCAACAUUAUCAACAUGUCCGAUGUGCAGGCAACCAAUAACAACGCGCUUGAGAUUGUAUACUUGACUGCCAGUUACUUCCCCAAUGUUCAAAAAUUAAUGUAUCAUUACAUUUGCCAUGCAUAUCUAUAGAAGAGGGAAAGUGCAAAAUUGCAUAUUAACAAGCUUUUUCGUGUCUGAUUGAGGUAAUAUUUUGCAGCAUGUAUUAUUUUCAGUACAUAUUAUUUUAUGUGCAAUUUGAUUUGAAAUUUUUGUAAGUGUUAUAUAAUAUUAUGUUAUUGAUCACUAAUGAUAGGGUUUACAUAUUAUCAAUUA